AUGGAUAUCAGCCCCUCUUUCUCCGUGCUGCUGCAACUGCAGCAAAUAGUUCUGACGAUGUGGCAAGGAACAAGUCCAGUGUUAUCUGGCAGCGAUGAUGAAAACGUCUGGUAUGUGCCUCAUAGCAGACCCUUGGACGAUGAGGAAAAAUGUUCAGCUGUGUCGCUGGACCCCCAAUCAGACAACUCAUCGAAGGCGUGGAAACAACCGAAGAGUUCUGCUUCGGCCUUGCUUUUACAGAACAGCACGAGGGACGAGAUUCUCCGAGCUGUGCAGGGGAGAAAAGAGUUGCAGCUGUUCCUGGACGACGCGAAUACCGCCGUCUUGUGUGUGUGGGCGCUCCGUGUUGGGGACCUGCGACUGGACAACGGCCUCGAGCUUCUCGACGGAGGUUCAGAGAGGGGUACAGAGAACACUUGA